AUGAAAUCUCCGGAAUAUCACGGAACCGGCCGUUUCCGCGCCGGAUUAUCCAGCCUGGGAUUUGUGGAAGAAAGUUGUGGAGCUCUAUCAAAAAUGGGAUAUCAGCUGAACGCAAGCACACAAAUGAAGUUAAAUCAUAAUCUUAAAACCAUUGUGCAAAAUACGUUAAUUUCUUGUACGAACAUGAUCGAAAUACUAAACAUCAAAGGUAAAGUGAAAAAACAACGACAAAGUCGUUCCACAUCGAAAACGUCAAGAAUACGUAAAACAGCCUCGUCAACAAUCAUACCGCUUUCAACAGAUACAACAACAUCACGCGCUGCAGAAAAUACUGUUCAAACAUCCAAUAGUUUAACUUCACUCACGUCGAUGUUGAACAGCAUCAAUGAUCAGCUAUUCAACGUGGAUGUAUCAGUGUGA